AUGAAUCGUCUAAACUUUGUGGUAGUUUUGAUUGCUUUGGUGGGUCUUUGCAAGGGUUCACCUGACUUGGAGUUUCCCUUCGGUCGCAUCGUGAAUGGCGUAGAGACCAGCAUUGAGGCUCAUCCCUACCAGGUUUCCGUACAAACUAUUCAGGGUUCCCAUUUCUGUGGUGGCAGCCUGAUAAAUUCGAACACCGUUGUGACUGCAGCCCAUUGCAUGCAAAGGUACACCUCCUCCCAGAUGCAAGUCCGUCUCGGCUCUACUCUUCGCAAUGAGGGCGGUGAAGUGGUCAGCGUGAAGAACUUCAAGUUCCAUGAGAACUACAACAAGACCUUGAUGAUCAAUGAUGUGGCUGUGAUCAAAUUGAGCUCACCUGUGCGCCAGACUUCCAGAGUGCGUAUCAUUGACUUGGCUGAAGUAACUCCAUCAUCGGGCACUCCAGCUGUUGUCACUGGCUGGGGCACUACUUGCUAUCUAUUCUGCUCUUCCCCCAAUACUCUAUUGGAAGUUGAACUCCAGUUGCUGACAGAGGAGGAUUGCGCGGCCGAUACCUUCAAAUAUGGUGAAGCAAAAAUCUUACCCACCAUGGUCUGCGCCAAGGCUGAAAAGAAGGAUGCCUGCCAGGGUGAUUCCGGUGGUCCAUUGGUGGCCAAUAAUCAGUUGGUCGGUGUGGUUUCCUGGGGCAAUGGCUGCGCCAGAAAUAACUAUCCGGGCGUCUAUGCUGAUGUGGCUUCCUUGAGACAAUGGAUUUUGGCCACCGCCGAGGAGUUGGAAAAUUAAUUUGAACAGUUUUUUGUAAAUUUUUAAUAAAUUCAGUUGAGCACAAA